UGCUAACUAGCUCGGUUCGACCUGAAAACAUGUUUUUGUGUCAUCGGGUUGUGGCUGUGGCUGUUCUGGCCGCUGGCCGGUUACUCAUAGUGCUCGGGGAUCUGCUACGGCUGCUCUUUGGCCAAUCUGUGUUUACGGCCUGAUAAUUGGUUUUCUCGCGUCGCUCUCUUUCCGCUUGUGAUUCGUCGCCGCCGCCGCCGCUGAAAUCGAAAUCACAAAAUCAAGAGCUGGAAGUGGAAGUAAGAUAUGCAUGCGCUGGUGUGGAGAUUGGACCAAUUUAUUUCAAUUUCGCGCUUGGACCGACGACGUUGUGCCCGCGGAGUUCGAUUCUGUAAUUAUCUCAAAUGAAAUGCGUCGUCCAGAGGCUCUUGUCGCCAGUCUGUUAUUGAGCAUCCUUUUGCUCCUGAGAGUGUAUCCCGGUACGGCUGCCUGCCAGUGCAUCCGCCUGGGCGAGUGCCCGCCCUUUGCCCGCCUUCUGCUUCACCAUGGCCCCGGAGAGCAGUCCGCCGUGUUCGCCAAGGUGCAUUCGGCAGGCUGCGGCUUCCAAGGCCUUGAGCUGCUGGUCUGCUGUCCCACAUCGCGCAAGCGCUACCACGGUGAAUCAUCCCCGGCCAAGCCAAGUCGCAUGCUGCGCUUUGCACCGCCGGACGACCGCUGGAUAUGGGAUGACUUUGGUGAUAGCAAGGGUAGCAGCCACCCCCAUUCGCAUUCCCACUCCCACAUUGGUUACUUGGAAAUGGAAACGAGUCUGCAUGACUACUGGGAUUUCAAAGAGCAACGAAACUGUCCUCAGCCAGUGGAACCAGAGUUCUUUGACCAACGAUUUGGCGGACACCACUUUCACUAUCACGUAGAACACGGUAGGGGCGAUGGAGCGCGUACUCCGCGACCAAAUCCCAUGGACAGACCAAUUGUGUUUCCCGGGGAUCUGCGCUUCUUGCGCCAGGGCGGAGACGAUACAAGCGCUGAUUCCAGUGAAGGACCUCCCCUGGCACCAUUCACUACCACUCUACCGCCAACGAUUAUCCCGGGUCCAGCUCCCUUAGCCACAACAAUAACCACACCGACAGCACCCGACGCCGUGACGAUAAGCCAAGGUAACCUGCCAGGGUGCGGCAUAAGCGUGGAGAGCCGGCUGCUGGGUGGAAGUCAGGCCACAGCAGGGCAGUAUCCGUGGCUGGCCAGGAUCGCCUAUCGCAAUCGAACCAGCAGCCGUAUUAGCUUCCGCUGCUCUGGAUCCCUAAUCUCCAGUAACUACAUUGUCACCGCCGCCCAUUGUGUGGUGAACCUUGUCAGCGACCUUGAACUAUCCCAUGUGAGAUUUGGAGGCGAAGAUGGGUCGAAUGUGUUGGCCAUCAGCCAGGUUAUGGUGCAUCCGAACUAUGACCAGCCCCGAUAUGCCAACGACAUCGCUCUUCUGCGACUCAACAACACAGGGGAAGCCAUUACGCCCAUUUGCUUACCCUUGAACAGCUCGACGACCCUGGGUAACAGGUUGAUUGGACAAACGGGAGUUGCAGCCGGUUGGAGUACUAGGAAUCCGGAAAGUACUGGGCCAAACAAUUCCUCCUCCACGGUGCGCUUCAUCCGCUUGCCAAUAGUAAACACCACCAGCUGCGCCAUUGCCUAUGCCAGCCUCAGUGAGAACUUCCAGCAGCCGAUCGUGAUCACGCCGAGCCAUCUUUGUGCUCAGGGACAGCCCAUGAACGACGUGUGCCGCGGAGAUAGCGGCGGUCCCUUUAUGGACGACGGAAGCUCUGGUCUAUUUGGAGCAAUGGGACGCCACACACUAAUUGGUAUCGUGGCUUUUGGACCAACGCUGUGCGGUGUGACCACCAUUCCCGGGGUUUACACGCUGGUUAGUAGCUUUACCGAUUGGAUCGUGCGGAGCAUCAACGGAAUAACCAACCAAUGAGCGAUGGUUCGCUUGGCACCCGAAGCC